CUUUUAUGGCAGAUAAGCGCAUCGCCUGAGAGAUUGUCAGGAAAUAUUAGCAUUAUCCACACCAUGGAUUUGACUGAUUCCAUCAAGGGAUAGUGAAUGUUAAUACAGGGUCUAGUUCACGUGAUCUCGUCUUCUCUAAUCGCUGUACGUCACGUGAUGUGGCUACCCUUGCAUCCACACCCUUCAUACAAGUCUGUGCUAAUAUCUACCCGCUACAAGUUGUGCCAGGGCCUGUAUCUGUAGGGCAGGCACCCGGUAUCACCCCUGGUAUCAGUGGCUAUAGUUUAGGCAUCAGGAUGUCACCAGCCCCUCCCAGCAACUCAGCCUCACAAAAGCUCAGUGACCAGCCGUUUCCGUCUGUCCAUGGCUGACAUCAUAGUUAUGACUGCCAUGCUGAGUGUCCACACACUGAACAUUUAAUAACAUAAGAGGAUUUGAGAAGUUCCGUGUUUGAUGAGAUCACAUAACGACUACAGACUUGUUUUUUACCAGAGAGAAGCCGCCAGCAGGUCACUGGUCACAGCAAGAAGAAAACGAGGAAAGUUGCAGAUGAUGGAGGACGCGCUUCCCCGGGUGGUCGUCAGAAACACGGAGCGGUCGGCCCGUGACUCGCGGCGCAGCAGGUACUUCUCCGUGUACUCCCACGUGGACAUCGGCGGGCAGCACGGGGACGACGCCACCAAGCGACGGGAGACUACAACCACGGACAAGCAGAACAACAUUCUCUUGCAAAGAUCAAGCGAAGGAGGGAAGGGGAUCAACUCCGUGAAGGCUAGCAGGCUGACCUUACGCAACCGACUCACGCGCCGCAAGACGCUGUUGUCGAGGUCGAGGUCGUUGGUGGACCUGUCGGUGGCCGCGGCCUGCGUGGGCGUGGUGGCCAUGUUGGUGGAGACGGAGCUGUACGUGCAAAAGGUCGUGUCCAAGUCUGAGGUCGCGUCCUUGACCCUGCGGAUAUCUGUGACCCUGUCCACCGUCUUGCUGCUGCUGAGCGUGGUGGUCUACAACAUCACCACCGUGCAACUGGCGGUGGUUAACAACAGCCUGGAUGACUGGCGGCUGGUCAUCAGCCCGCCAUUAGUCUGCAGCGUCAUCCUGGAGCUGGUGGUGUGCUCCGUCCAUCCCCCGCCCCUCAGCCUGCAGCCGAAGCUGGAGAGUGCCCUGAGUGUCCUCAUGUUCCUGCGCCUCUACCUGUUGGUGCGCUUCCUGGUGGUCCACUCGCGCUACCUGACCGACACCGCCACCAGCAGCCUGGGCGCCCUCAGCAAGGUGCCCAUUGACGCGCAAUUCGUCUUCAAGGCGCUGAUGUCGGAGUGGCCGGGCAGCAUGCUGCUCAUCUCCAUGGUCGCCAUCUUCUCGCUGUCAGGCUGGAGUGUUCGCACGUGCGAGGCGUACGUGGCUCUGGCCGAGCACAGGGCCCUCAACGAGACGCCGGCCAGAGACAUCCCAGAAGCCUUCUGGUUCUCUGCCAUCACCUUCCUCACUGUGGGCUACGGAGACGUCGUGCCCAGAUCCGAGUGUGGUCGUGUUGUGGCUGUUGUGGUGGGACUGCUGGGGGUGGGUGUGACGGCGUUGCUGGUGGCGGUGCUGGCCAACAAGCUACAACUGUCCCGCGCCGAGAAGUACGUGCACACCUUCAGCACUCGCAUAGAGCUCGACAACCGCCACAAGAACGCGGCCGCUGACGUCAUCAAGAACGCGAUCAAGCUCUGGCGCAUGCGCGAUCUCGCCAACCAGACCUCCAGGGGUAGGCGGGUGCACGUGCAAGGCAAGCUGAUGCAGGCCAUACGCCUCAUGAAGGAUGCUCGACAAACCAAGGCCAACAUCGGCGAAGCGGUCGUGGGCGUGGUGGAGGUGCAUUCUCUGGUGACCGACAUAGCCUGCAAGGUAGAAGACUUAAAGAAACAGUUGGCAGCCAUCAAUGGCGAACUUCACAACCUGGUCGCCAUCGCUGAAGAUCGCUUCAAGUGACGGACUUGUGUCAUUAGUCACCACAACCAGAAUGAUGGCGUGUCGGUCACAAUGACGACCACAAGGCCUUUCCUCACUGCUCGCCCCAUAGCCUCCAUUUCACUACCUGAUCAAGUUAUUGAAAUCAUUGCGACAUAUUGACAUUCCCAUAUACUAACAUUCUGUUCUGCAGGCUUGAUAAACAAAAGGUUAUUAUUUUAUUCUACUUUCUCAGGUGAAAUCAUUGAAAACACCACGCCCCAAUAAAGUUUUGGUCUGUGUAUUUCCUCAAACUGCAAUCAUAUCGUACUUUGAAUACCAUCAGCAUGUCUCAUUACUACGUGUAUAACGAAUUAAAAAGAAACCAAUUCCACUCAGAUGCACAAUGCUGCAACAGCCUGUUUAUUUUUGUCAAAAUAGAAGAAUAAAAUAUUUUCAAGCAAUA